AUGAUCGAACUCGAGUACCACCGACUGCUGGUCAAGUAUAACACAUUGAAGAGUAGUUCCGUCGGUGACGUUGCGGUGAUACCGGACGCGCGUGAGUCCAUGGUAGACGCAUAUAACCUCGUGCUGGUGGACGCACACAGUCACAACCUCAAAGACAACUAUCUGCACGGCGCAGAGAACGGUGGUGAGAAGGCCGCUGCAGUGCUCAUACAAGCAGCUACCGAGUAUCUUAUGACGCAACAAUCCAGCAGCAAGACACACCACAUGAAGAUUUGUGUAUACGCCAACCUGAAGAAGCUGUCGGUCGAAGCCGCAAAUCAAUACGCUACCCGAAAUCGAUGCUUCGGAAAACCCAGCUUCCCACGCAGCCUUGGGGCGUUUGCCGCAGGCUUCUCCCGUAAUCAUGUUUCUGUCGACUACAUCGAUGUAGCUGACGAUGAGGCGGUCGAGCGCAAGAUUUGUGGAUUGUUCGAGAUGCACAUCAAGGACCCAGCUUGCAGCCAGAUUCUGUUUUGCGCAAGUGGCAGCGCACAAUAUGUGCGCACACUCAAGAAGCAUAUUUCGUUCGCCAAGAAGAUCACUCUUGUCCAGAGAGGCAGUGAAGAUACUAGUCUCACUAAUCUGGGUCUACGGGGUGUAAUGCUACCGCAAAUCUUUGAGUCCUUCAGCGGGAACGAGGCCGCCUCAAAAGAUUUGAAAGACACGCGCAACGGCUUCGAAGUGACUUUCAACGAGGAGCCUCUAAAGCCACAGCCAACCGGGAACGUAUGCCGCCCGCCCCAACACGCUUCUGAAAGCAUACCCAUCAACGCAUCCGGCGAUCGUAUUGAUAAACACAUGGACGUACCCACUAAGGCGCAGUGGAGAGAGUAUGAAGCUUGCAUUGCUACGAAAAAGCUAUGCACCAUGUUCUACUCGGGCCAUGGGUGCAGCGCCAACCCUUGUCCAUACUACCAUGGCCAAAUUAGCGCCAAUGAGCGUCACUGUCUCAGAUACCUAAUGAGAGCACUUCCGUGUCGCAAUGCCGGAAAAUGCCGCGAUGCAUUCUGCAUGAGAGGUCACAUGUGUCACUACAAAGAGUGCAAGAAAGGCACAGUUCCAUAUUGCAAAAUGCCUUCAUCACACCAUGGGAUCGAUCCGAAUGUGCAGGAUUGGGUCACACCGAAUGUCAAUUCCGGUGGUGAACAAAACCAUGAGGUACCUGAUCCCAAAGGAGGUGCGACUACGGCCAAUCUCAUAGAUUUAUGA